GCAACCAAAAAAAACCCUAAAAUUUUUGGAAUCCCAAACACCACACCUCUUAUCCAAUAUCCGGAAAUUCCCCCCAUGGCCUGCCGGAAUUCGAUCUUUCCAGGUUACUCGGCUUGAUCCGAUGAGGGGAGCGAUACGUAAUUCCAGUUUAUUGACAGAUAGCUUCAAAAUGAUCAGUUCAACUUCAAACAGUUUGGAGAAUGCGGUUAAUCACCCAGAUUAGAAAUCUCAUUUUUAUGGGGAAAUGUUGGUCAGUUGUGGUUAAAUUUGAUUGGCAAUUUGGAUGGUAGUACAAGCACAUUACAUGGAUUGAACAAUUGAAGGCAUGGGAAUUCUGUUGGUGUCUUGGAGAAACACAUGUUCAAAUGUUCGGGAAUUGAAGAGAUGGAUAAGAGUCUUCUAGGGUUUGGACAGUUUCGUGUGCCAGAUGAGGUGGAUGAGACCGAAUUCUAAUUUGAAGAAUGGAUGGUGAAAUACCCUGUCCUUCAGAUCAGAAAUUUGCGCAAGCUUACAAGUAUUUUGUUGCACGUGAGGUACCUUCAAACAAGCACUUGAAUAACAUCUCUGUUCAGACUGGCGAGGAGUUCUCGAUGGAUUUCCUUCAAGAUCGUGUCACACCAAGAGGAGCAACGUUUAAACCUGGUAUAGAUCGUGGGCAGAUGAAGAAUGUAGGAUGUAAUAAUUAUCAGAUUUUUCAGGCAGGCUAUGAGGAUCUUGCAGGCAUUCUUGGGCUCAGAAGAGCAGACUCUAAUAGUUAUUUUGAUGUUUCUAAUCCUUAUUUGAUCAGAACCCAUUUGGUGGACGGCAAAGCUAUGGAACAUGUUUAUAGAACAAGCAAAAUUCAUAGUCAAAAUAAUAGGAGAGUGACAGAGAACUGUAUGGAUGAGUAUUCUGAACCCGGUCCUCUUUCUGAAACCCUUCAAGGUUAUCAGCAUUGCCCUCAUAGACCUGGAGCCAUGCAAAGCCCUCAGUCCAGUAAGGUGAAAUUCCUAUGCAGCUUCAGUGGAAAGAUCUUGCCGAGGCCAGGUGAUGGAAAACUGAGAUAUGUUGGUGGUGAGACACGGAUUGUCUCCAUCAGAAGGAAUCUUUCAUGGAAAGAACUUAUGCAGAAAACCAUGACCAUUUGCAGCCAACCUCACACCAUCAAGUAUCAGCUUCCUGGUGAAGAUCUUGAUGCUCUGAUAUCUGUUUCUUCAGAUGAGGAUCUUCAGAAUAUGAUGGAAGAGUACUAUGGGCUUGAAAAGGCUGAUGGCUCUCAGAGACUCAGAUUAUUUCUCAUAUCCCUGACUGAAUCUGAGAACCCUUCUGUAGAUACUAGAGGCUUGCAGAGCAGCUCAGAAUACCAAUAUGUUGUUGCUGUGAAUAACAUAUCAGAGCCAAGUCCGAGGAAAAGCUCAAGUGGUAAUAGCUAUUCAAGCCAAAUGGGAUAUCAUUUAGAUAAUUCUCCAAGUUUCCAGAGAGAUUCCCCUUCUUUUCCUUAUUCUGAUGUUGUCAAUGGAACUGCUGCUCCAAAUCAUGCUGGCAUGCUCAUGCAUCUCCCUGGUCCACAGUUCUUUUUUAGUUCUCAAACUGCACCAAAAACCCCCACACAAUCACCUCCUUUUUCUCCAAGGCCAGUUCAACGACAUUCUCGCAAUCAAUCAUAUGAUGAUCAAUUUAUAGCAGACCAACCAUUGGAGAAUUAUUAUGAGAUUAAUGCCAGAUAUUGUCUACAUGGUGGAGUACAAAAGCUACAUCCUAACAUGCGUGGUGAUGUUGAGAUGCCGAUUGCACCUCAUGGAAUGCCUUUUGAAAAUCAUAAGCACAUCAGGGAUUUUAUUAAUCCACCGUUUACUCGCAAUGACAGCGACUUAGAUGUAUAUCCAUAUUAUGAAAAGCCUCCUCAAAUUGAAAGAGCUUUUCAUUCAGACAAAUGCCCCAAUCAGAUAGAAGAUUCACUGAGUUGGAUAUCAGGAUCCAAUGAUUCAACUGGUCCACCUCAACAAUUACCUCAUGCAUAUUCUGAUUCAGUGCUCCAAGAACAAGGUGAAAGGAAUUUGUCUAACGUAUCAGAAGGAACAAUACCCUACAUUGACCUUACUGCAUCACCAUUUUGUCAACAAACAUGCCAAAAUAACCUGCAGGAAGGAACAGUACAAUUCCAUGGAAAUAUAGAUAUCGAUCACCCAAAUCCUCCUGAUAAACUACGGAGAACCUUGUCCACCAGUUCACAGGCUGGACCAGAAUUUGCAUAUUCUUCUCAUCAUCCAGAAAUUCGUGGAAGAAAUGAAUCUAAGCACCAAACUGCCUAUUAUCCUGAUGAAGAACAUCGAAGCAAACAAAGAGUUGAUGGCCUCAAUUCUGGGUCACAAGACUGUUAUGCGCAAAAUGGAUUGGCAGUAGAUACGAUGACACAGAUGAAUGAGAAAGGAGCUCUUCUUUGUCAGGAUAAGAAACUUUAUCAUGAUGAUUUUAAUGCAAUGCAAGAGAUGUCCACUUAUAAGAGUAAGUUACUUGGCACGAAUUACAACCUUUGUGGUAUGCAUGGUGUUCAUGUUUCUUCACAGGAGCUAGAGGCACUAGAAAGUUCUGUUCCUACAUCUUCACAUUUUGCUUCAAAAUCUGAUUCAGAUAUUCUCAAAGUUCAUUCUCCUAGCAACCCAUUUGAUGGAUCAAAACCAGAAAUUUCCACCAAAGGCUAUGGGACUGCUAAUAGUCUGCAUGGUGAAGCAUCUGAACCAUUAAAUGGUGAUCUUGCAUGUGAAGGUGGCAAUGUCAUAGCUUUUCUACCUUCUGUUUCAUGGCCAAAGGAUUCUUUAGAAGCUCCACUCCCAAACAAAUUUGCUGAAGACAUGACUCCAGAGUGUUGUGGUGAUGAAACUUCAAAUGAUUUAGUUUACACAUCAUCAAGUGAUCCUGUUUCUCAUCUUCCUCCGGGUAUAAUGUCUCAGAAGGAUAACGAAGGAUACAGUGUAUCAGGUUCUACAGCUCCACUUGUUAUAGUCAGUGGCACUGGUCUGAGUCUAAACCUGGAUGCUGAUGACCCUCCAAAUUGGUCUUUCUUCCCAAAUCCAGCCACAGGUAACAUUUUAAAGAGAGAAGUUGCUCUCCUUGAUUGGGACUCCAUUAAUCAUCCUGAUUCAGGUGUCACUGACAUGGAUCAUGGGGGCUGUGGUCUUGAACCAUGGAAGGGAGGAGAGAUCAGAUCGAUAUGUAAUGUGCAUAACAAUGUUGCAUUGGACACAGGGGUUACUGUUGAAGAUGUAACUGACAUUGUUCCUUCAGAUAUUCCAGCUUCCCCAACAAUUGUUCCUCAUGUACUUCAGGAGCCAGUUGAUGAACUAGAAACUGGUGAAACCUCCUCGCCGAAAGUAACUGAUGCAGAGAGCAACAGUCCAGAAGCUGUGAGUGAGGAUGCAAAAACUGAUGAAAGAGAUAUGGAUGAAUCCGUUAGUGAUGCUGCAAUUGCAGAGAUAGAAGCUGGCCUAUAUGGUUUGCAGAUCAUAAGAAAUGCUGACCUUGAAGAGCUACGUGAAUUGGGAUCUGGUACAUUCGGAACUGUCUAUCAUGGAAAGUGGCGAGGAACAGAUGUUGCAAUCAAGCGGAUUAAGAAAAGUUGCUUUUCAGGGAGAUCAUCUGAACAAGAGCGAUUGACCAAGGAUUUCUGGAGGGAGGCACAGAUCCUGUCAAAGCUUCACCAUCCAAAUGUGGUUGCAUUUUAUGGGGUUGUUCCUGAUGGAGCUGGGGGGACACUGGCCACUGUAACAGAAUUUAUGGUAAAUGGAUCGCUCAAGCAUGUCCUAUUAAGGAAGGAUAGAGCACUUGACCGCCGUAAAAGGCUGAUAAUUGCAAUGGAUGCAGCUUUUGGGAUGGAAUACUUGCACUCAAAGAGCAUAGUUCAUUUCGAUUUGAAAUGUGACAACUUACUAGUUAACUUGAGAGAUUCCCAAAGACCAAUCUGCAAGGUUGGAGACUUUGGAUUAUCAAGAAUUAAACGCAAUACCUUGGUUUCCGGUGGUGUACGAGGAACCCUUCCUUGGAUGGCACCAGAGUUGUUGAAUGGAAGCAGUAGCCGGGUUUCUGAAAAGGUUGAUGUUUUCUCAUUUGGAAUAGCAAUGUGGGAAAUCCUCACGGGUGAGGAACCCUAUGCAAACAUGCAUUGCGGUGCAAUCAUAGGAGGAAUUGUGAACAAUACUCUUCGGCCGCCAAUUCCUGAGCGCUGUGAUCCUGAGUGGAGGCAGCUAAUGGAAGAGUGCUGGUCACCUGACCCUGAAGCACGCCCCUCAUUUACUGAGAUUACUGAUAGGCUACGUGCUAUGUCAGUGGCUCUUCUUCAGUCGAGGGGACAGACUCAUGCAAACAGAUGAAGAUGAUUAAUUCUGAGAGAAUCUGAUUAAUUCUGAGGACAGGCUAUCAAGCCUUCUGUGCCUUUUACUAGAAUGCUUUUUCCCCCCUUUUCAUUUAGAUCUUUUUCAUUUUUGUGGAGUUUGAGCUUCGGCAGAGAGAGUUGAGUCCGCAUUGUUCGAGGUAUAUGCUCUAUCAACACUGUUUAUAAGAGUAUGAAAAGCAUGUGCUUUUUUUUUUCCCCCCUUUAUGGAAGAUAUAAUUAUUCAGUUCUUUUUCUGGGUGUAAAGUGCAUUUGUGUUGCGAGUAUGUUAUUUAUGAGUCAUAAAAAUGUAAGAAAAGCUGAAAUGUUGUUUCAAAUUAUAGCUGAUUUGUUCA